GCGGCGAGGCUGGGCUGAAGGCGGCGGCGGAGCCGGAGCGCGGAGCGAGGGCGAGGCGGCCCGGGCCGAGCAGCUGCGAGCAUGAAUGGCGGGGAGAGAAGCCUCCAUCUUGGGCUGCCACCUCCAGACGCUCGCCAGCAGAGGGUCCUGUCCAGGCAAAUUUGGAGACGGAGGCUCGAGAAACAGCAACACAGACGCCCAGUAGAUGUGGUCAACUUAUACAGGUCUGAGGCAGCGCGAUGGCUCCGGUUGUGGAGGUCACGGACAUUGGCCACGCCAGUGCCCUUCUGACCCAGCUGAAUGAACAACGUUUGCGCGGCCAGUUCUGUGACGUCACCAUCAUCGCCGAAGACACAAAGUUCAAGGCCCACAAGAACGUUCUCGCUGCCUCCAGCCCUUACUUUAAGGAGGCCCUUCUGGAGGAGUCAACGUGUCGGCAGCCGAGCCAAAUCCUGGAGCUUCCAGACAUCCAGGCUGAGGUCUUCUCCGAUAUCCUCAACUUCAUCUACAACUCCCAUCUCUCUGUGCCCAGCCCAGCUGCCGCCAAGGAGAUUGGUGUCGUUGGCCGACGUUUGGGCAUUUCCCGCUUGGAGAACUUGGAUGACCCCUUGGCUGAUGCCAAGAUGGACGACUCAGGUGUUGUUUCCUCCAGGCACUGCGGCUCACCGAUUGACCUCACCUGCCCUUCCCGCUCCAACGAGCUCUCCAGCCCUCUCUGCUUCCAGGAUUUGUCCAAAGCAACCAGCCCUGUGCAGGACAUUCACCCUGACACCGAAACAGAGACAGCUAAGAUCCUCUACAACCUCAGCUCUGUGGCCACGGUGGCUGCCCCGCCUGCACCACCACCUGACCUGGCUUUCAUGCUGAAGGGCAGUGUAGAAUGGGACCAUAAUGAGCCUUCUGGGAAGCCCUCAGCAGCCACCGCCGAUGCUGAAACAGCCCAAACACUGGCCUCCUCUUCCUCGUCCCCGUCAGGUGCUUCCUACCCAGCCAGCAGCACCUUCUGCUGCGGCAGCUGCAGCCGCUCCUUUACUACGGCAUCUGCGCUCAGCCUCCAUGUGAAGCUUCACCGGACACGGCGUUCCUUGUCUUGCCGUCACUGUGGAAAGAGUUUUAUCCACAUCAAAAGACUGCAAACGCACGAGGUUUUGUGCAAGGAAGCAGAGAAGCCAGAGGAGGGGGCCUCCGUGGUCGAGGCGCUGCCAAACCCAGAGUUACCUUCCAAGGCGGCGGCAGCAGCAGCAUCGUCAUCUUCCAAGAAGGGCAUUCUGUUUCGUCACCGGGGCUUGCCACGACUGGACUAUAUCUCUGACCAAGACCACUUUGUCAAAGUAGUGGAUGGCCACAUAAUCUAUUUCUGCACCGUCUGCGAGCGGUCGUAUAUGACACUCUCAAGCCUCAAACGCCACUCCAAUGUCCACUCCUGGCGACGGAAGUACCCGUGCCGUUACUGUGACAAGGUCUUUGCUUUGGCUGAAUACCGCACCAAGCACGAGGUCUGGCACACGGGGGAGAGGCGCUACCAAUGCAUCUUCUGCUGGGAGACCUUUGUCACCUACUAUAACUUGAAGACCCACCAGAAGGCCUUCCACGGCAUCAAUCCUGGCCUCAUCUCCUCGGAGAAGACCCCCAACGGGGGCUACAAGCCCAAACUCAACGCCCUCAAGCUCUACCGGCUGUUGCCCAUGCGCUCCCAGAAGAGGCCCUACAAGACUUACAGCCAAGGCUUGGUGCCGGAUAACCUCUUGCUCCCAGCUCAGCCCAUUCCCCUGGCAUUAGGGGAUGGGGACUCCUUGGAUGGCAAUUUGGUCUCCUCGCUGGGUACCAAUAACGUCUCUUCCGUCUUCGCCACCAACAGCAGUUCCUUAGAGUUGCCUGAAACAGAACGCUUUCAGCAGCCAGACCCUGUAGGUGCCCCAGAGAUGCCCGGGCUCCCAGCUGCCAGUGGAAAGGCUCAGCAGGCUAAGCGGCCAGCACCACCGGGCACGGAAGUGCCCACAGUCAUUGCCUACGGGCACCCAACUUCUUCCGUAAUAGUCCAUAGUACUUCGGUGCUGGCCCAGGCCCCCUCUGUGAUCGCAUACAACAGCAAGUCUUCAGACACAGCACCAGAUACCGGUCCUCUGCCGCCACCGCCACCACCAUCGUCCACUGUUGUGGCUAAGCCCAUCAAAAAGCAAGUAUUGAAAGAGUACAUCCAGUCACAGAAGGCAGCAGAGCAGGCCUUAGAAGAGAACGGGAGUGAACACGGGCACCGGGCAAGGGGGCCACGUGUCGGGCGUACCAUGACUUACAUGGCCAAGCCAGCGUAUGUGGGCACUGCCUCGGAAAGCCGAUCUGCCCCACUUUGCCAGAUCACCGUGCGCAUUGGCGAGGAAGCCAUAGUCAAGCGACGGAUCUCUGAAACAGACCUCAUGUUGGACAAAAGCAGUCGCGUUGGCGGGAAGCGUUUCGAUUUUGGCAGGGACCAGAACGGGGAGAAGCAGCAGCUGCCAGUGCUGGCCCCCCACGGCAAGCACGUCGAAAGGGUGUACCCCAAUGAGAGUGGCGAGGAGGAGAGUGACCGAGGGGACACGGAGGACCAGCUUUGGAGGCCAUACUACAGCUACAAGCCCAAACGGAAGGCAUGCGGCGGGGGCAGCAGCAGCGGUGGCAACGCUGCGCCCAAAGUGAAGAAGUCCCGGUGGCGCCGUAAGCUCCGCUCACUGCGCUGGAUGAAACGGACAGAGAAAGCCGAGGAGGAAGAGGAGGAGGUCAGUGUGGGGACCAGCGACCCAGUGUCUACAGGCCUCGGAGGCGCCUCUGAAAGUGAGGGGAUGGAGCCCCCUCCAAAAACUGGGGGUGGGCGGGGCUCCGAUUGGAAGCACGAGUGCAGCGUUUGCAGUAAGCGGUUCUCAGCCCUGAAGAAGCUGAGAAAGCACGAGAGGAUUCAUGGCCGCCUUGGCACGGAUGACCAGUCUCCGAUGCCUUUGCUGGCUACACCCCACCGCGUAGGCCGCAAACCUUUGGUGAAAUUCACCUGCACCCACUGCUCCAAGGUCUGCAAGACGGCAGCCGCGCUGAGCCGCCACAUGAAACGGCACGAGGGCGAGCAACCUGAGGAUGCCCCGUUGCCAGCCCUCACCACUGUCAUUGCCUACUCCAAGAAGACCACCGAUGUGCCCCCUGCAGCAGCCCCAUCGCCAGUUGUCAAGGAGGAGACCACGCAAGAGAUGCAGGUGUCCUCCUCUAGCGGCGAAGCUCUCCUGUCCCAGCAGGAACCGCCCGAAGAGGGACCAGUUGCCAUGGAAAUGCAGCCCGCCGAUGGCUGCCCGCUGGUGCCGGUGCCAGGAGAGGAGAGGGCACCGCCGCUGAGUGACAGCAAAUCCCCCCUUCGCGAAGAGCUGCCCAUUCCUCCACCCCCUUUGGAGGCUGCCACCAGCCUUGCUGAUAGGCCACCAACUUUGUCCCACUCCCUCCAAGACCCUGUCAUCUCACACACAGGCCUGGUCCAGAAACAGGUUCUGGCACCGCCGCUGGUCGAGGAGGAUCGGUACCCGGUCCAGGAGUACCCCUUGCCACUCCUGGUUCCUGGCAGCUGCCGGACCAGGAAGGAUCUGGAGGACCAGCCCUCCUUCCUGGCUUAUCCCAGUGCCAUCCAGUUCAACACGGUGGGCAAAGCGGCUGGCAGCAGCGAGGGCGACGGCAAAGUCAGCUUCUACCCUGAUCCGUACCCCUUGAUGUACGGCCACCAGCUCCUGGCCACUUACCCCUACAACUUCACCCUGCCGGUGGCUUUGAACAUGGUCGUCCCCGAUGAGAAGGGGCAGCCACUCCCCUUCCUGCCCAGCGUCUUCAGCUACUCGAUGAAUCCGUGCCGGAGCGAAGCCCACGAGGGAGGUGCCGGGUCAACUGGGGGCAUGGCGAUUGGGGGCAGCGCUGCUCGGGAGAGUAGAGGAGACCCGGCAGCUUCUGAGCGGCUUAAGAAAGGCAACCUGCUGUGAGGGACAGAGAAUGGCUGGUUUGGAGAAAAGGCAACAGAGAGAUAAUUGAGGGGGAAGACAGUCUGUGGUAGGAGAGGGGAUAAAAACGUUCCCCCCAUUCGUUCUGGGAAUGGGGGGGAGAGUGUGGAGCAUCGAAGGAAAGAGUUUGGGCUGUAACUAACUGCUGUUAGUCCAGCGGGGAGCAGGACGUGCUGCCCCCGUAAGCCCCCCUGCUUCACAGUGGUGGCGGGUUAAGUGGGACACAUGGUAGGGUAAACUUAAAAGUAGCAAAUAUAGGUACAGGGUAAUCCCUCUUUCCUCCCCGGCCCCCUGUGACUAUCCUCUUGCUCAGUAGACACAAUUCAGAGUAAGUUUGCACAGCCAUACCCUCCUCUCCCCUCCUGCACAUGGCAAUAUUUGCUCAGUUCCGGGCAUGGGUGGCCCACCCCUUUACUUCCUGCCAUGCGGGGAGGGCCACGUAGAGCAGGGGGAGGGGCGUGGGCUCUGGGCGGAGCUUGAUCUCAGACCCUCCCACCAGGUGGCCCCCCCCUUACAGUCUUGUCCUCCCCCCAGCCCCAUCCUGUGGUCUUUGUGCAGGGGAGGGUGGGGGUGUUGCAGAGAAGGGGACCCUCCCCAGCCCUGUUCCGCCUCUCCUCUCUGCCCCCCCCCCCGGCCAGGCCUCUUGUUUGCUCUCAGUGCUCUGCAGCUGCCAAGCGAGCCGGCACCAGAGGUUUUUUGUUUUGCAGCCUGAAUGGGAUGAAUCACAUUUUCCUUUUGGACGGAGGAAGGCGGGGCGGGGGGGGCAGGGGGGAGCGUGCAUGAGGCAAGGCGUCCCGCCGAGCAGCGGAGGGAGCUCUUCUGCGGACUCUGGGUCUUCCAGAACCUUCCCUAGCCCAUAAUGUCAGAGGUUGGCCAGCUGGGUGUGUGUUUCACCUGGCCCUCCUAAGGAAAGGGGCAGCCGCGUUCAUGGCCCCUGCUGUCCCAGUUGGCUGGGGUGGGCAAGCAGACCGGGUUCCACUGUGUACUCUGAGGUUUGAUUUUCACCUUGCUUACUGUCCCUCCUGGGGUGGGGUGGGGUGGGGGGGUCCUCGUCCCCUUUUUGCAAUGCUUCCCACAGGUCUACCCCUCCAGCCUCUCUCCCGGCAGCCCCUUCCUUUCACAGAUGCCCCCCCCCCCAUUCAGACAGCCUAAGCGCAGCAGUAGAACUAGUCUGGAAAUUUAAAAAUGUCAUUUAACAGUAAAAAAAAAAAAGUCCUCCUUAGGUUUUUCAAGAGCUCAAUCCUUAAACUGCCUGCUUGGAAAUAAGUGUGCAUCUCCUGCUCUAUUCAGCAGGGGGUGGGGUGGGGGGGGGACAUCCUUUUUUUGUUUGUUUGCAUCGGUUUGGCUUCGAUGGAGUCUUGAGUUUCAGGCAGAAAAGGGGGGGGGGGCAUUUGUAAGGCGGAUGAGUGUGCUUGCCAGUGUGGAUUGCACGCACUGGCAUUACGAGCCAGACGGAAGAAAGGGCUUUUUAGAAGAAAGAGAUCCCAGCACAAGUCUUGUCGGUUUUAACGGGCGUACGUUCCUCCCCCUUUUUGUCUGCCUUGCUAUGAGCCCAAAAACUUAGUCUUGGAUAUUUUUUAGGAUUAGGGACACAACGGAUUCCCCAGUGCUGCAUUCCAAAAGAAAAUCCUGCUUGGUCUGGGGAACUGGUUUUUUUUAAAACAAACAAGGAAAAUGUCAGUCAUUAACACGAGAAGCCAAAGGGUAGAAAAUGUGGACCGCUUUUCAUCCUCGGGCCUCCUGCAUUCUUCCCCUGCCCCAGAUGAAGAACUCGCAGCAGGUUUCAGUACAAGCAUUUUAAAGAAAAAGGACCAAAACCAGUGACUAUUAAAUGACAUAAAUAAAAUUUUUAUAAAGUGGUCAUGGUGGGGGUGGGGAACUGCGGAUUGCAGCUUGUAGAGGAAACUGUGAACUUUAAAAAGCAAGCAGAACAAUUUUCCAAAACAAUAUAGAGGGACUUCAGGCACCAGGGAUGAAAAAAGAAAAUAGAAGGGGGGGUUGGGGGGGGUCUGAGUCUGGUCAAGGCGGCAGCUCCCCUCCCCCAUCAUCUUGCUGUUGCUCCCAUGGCCCCCUCCCUCUCACACACACACACACACACGUGGCCCUCUGCCUUUUGCCUCCCGGGAAGGGCUCCUGUUGCUCUCCUCGGAAGAGGCUUUCAGCCCUGUUCCAAAGCUUGAGGGGAGAGAGGGCUGCAGCUGCAAACCGGCAUUGGUGUAACAAUGCCUGCGAUAUCCCUCAGUGUGCACGAGCAUUAUGGAGGGACCGCAGUGCAAAUGCCGCCUCUGUCUCUCACACACACAGCCCACAGACACUGCAGUGCUGAAUUCUGCUGCGCUGGUGCAAGUUGACGCCUGCUGCAUUGAACUGGUAACACCACAAAGGAAGCAUGUGUGCAUAUAUGCACCAGGGUUCAUUGCAGCAUCAGAGGAAGUGCAGAAAUCCAUCCCCUCCCACCGGUUUUGCAACAGUGCAGAUCCCUUUGCGGUGUGCAGUCAUCUCUGGGGCACCUUCAUGCCGCAUUCCAUUGUCCCUUCCCACGCAGGCUGCUGCAGGCCCACAAUCCGCUGUGGGAGAGAGCUCCUCUGCCCCUUUGCUGCGAUGCAGCAAAUGCAGACCUCUGCCCCCCCAUCUCAGUGCUUCCUGCCCCCAGCCCCCUCGAGAUUUCCCCACCACAACGUGCCCAUUUGGGGUUGGCCUUCUGCAUGGAGCUACCAAAAGGGCAGGCCCUUCGGCUGGAGCCCGGCCCCCUCCCCAUGCAUGGCCCAGGCAGACCAUUGGGGAACCAGAGCUGGGGCCCUUUCCUAGAAGUCUUGCAUGCUUGCCUUCUUGGGUGGGAGCUGUUGCAAUGAACAGGUAUAAAACUGGUUUGUCUGUAGUGCAGGGCCUGCCUCCGUGUGUUCCUCACACAACCCUUCUCUUGCUUGCAGUGACAGCCAAGUGCUGUGCUCCACUUGGUGCAACGGGUUGUGGUUGCUUGUUGCGAAGAAGGAAGUCUGGCAGGUCCCAUUUCCCACAGGGGUGGAGGUCAAGGCAACGGCCUCAGCCCUUCCCAGGCCCGUUUAGCCCGAGUGCCAAUUCCUGCAAUCUGGCAAUGUGUUUCCAGAAGGGGCCCUUUAAUGCGCUCUAGGGGUAGGAGAAAGGGAGGGGAGAAGAGGGGAAGAGCGCACCAAAGCUAUUUGGGGAAGAUGCCCCACCACCCCUCCAGUAGGGAGGGAAGGGUUGGGGCCAUCGGGGAGGGGGGGGCAGAAGGGCGGUCACUGAUCUGUACAUAGCUGUCCGUCUCUCCGAUCUUUUGCACUUUGUCACUGGGGGGGCCUCGGUGAUUGUUCAGCGUUUGCUACUGAAUGUACCUUUGUCUUUUAUUUUUAUUUUCUAGAAGCACCUCUAGCUAGUUUUAUGGCACUUUAGAGAUUUACUGAAGCCGUUUAAGGGGGAAAAAACCAGGAAAAUAAAUACCAAGGGUUAAAAAAAAAAGAACAGAAAAUGACAAAAAAAAAAUUGUUGAUGAUAAUAAUGAUGAUGAAUAAUUCCUCUGCUUCUUCCCGGUCUCUGUUCCAAGUGUGACAGUGUGAAAAGUCUGUUAGACAAAUGCCGUAUUUAUCUUUCUGCAUCUUUGUGUGUAAUUCAAAUAACUUCUCCAAAAUAAAAAGACAAUUAUAUGCUCAA